AGAUGGCUUCGAAUGAAGGAAACGAAGCGAUCAACACAGAAAAGACAUUUGACAGCAACUUGGAAAACUUUCAGCCCGUUACUGAACAAGCGUUUGUGAGCAGCACUUUAGUUCAACAACAAGGGGAGCCUGUUAGUUCCUAUAAUGUGCCGGAAGAACCAGAAAACGCGAAAGACAACGAUCAAUCACCUGGUAUGAGCUUCCAGAUUCUCUCAAAUUUUAUUCUUUAUGUUAGCUUCUACCGUCUGUGUAAUAGGAGAAUUGAGAUUUUAACCGUGCCCCUUAACCGCAGCUUCUUGAAGUAAUUCUUGUGUGACCGAAAUGGGAGUUUAUCCGGUCAUGGAGUUCAAGAACUUACUUUCGAACGAACAAGUAGUAGUUGAAACUGACGGCUUGCUUUGUGCGUCAAUACGCGUAUCAAGUUGUGUUCGAACCAUCGGUCUCCCCUGUCUGUUGUUUAUGUGGUCACUCUCCGCGCUAUUCUGACAAGGAAGCUUAGCUAGCGUAAGUUGAUCAGUUUCUUUCCAAUCCUUAGCUUCUUCGUAAUGAACGAAAAGUGGUCGAUGGGAUGUUUUUGUGUGGCCUUUAAAAAGAGUUUUAAAAUUAUAAGACUUGUGUUGUCAUUGGAAGAUUAAUCGCCUAGACAUUAAAGGUUUAGUUUUCGUGGCUAGGAGAAACUUAAGCUUGUACUAAAAGUGCACAACCAAAGUGCGUUCAGAUCUUAAAUUCACAGAUUGUGAUGUUCAUCACAAAUAAUUAGCUUAUCAGUUAAAAAAACCGUGGGGCGAAUUUAAUACGAAUACAUCCAACAUGUUAUUUCUGCUUCCUCUUUGGAUUCGCGCAACGAGUUCAGUUAUUGGUGCACAUACUUGCAAUACAUUAUUGUGAUCAAUACCCUUUCAUAAGUCCCGACAGCAUACAAUAAAGGCGAAUCACACACAGCCUCUUUGACCUUUUUAAAUUCAAAGCUGCAAUUUUCUUACCAAAACGUGUACAAAUUUGGUUUUGGCAUAUUUGCAGAGCAUUAUGUGUUGCUUAAAAUUUUUAGUCACUGGGUGCAUAAAGAAUCUAGCCAAUAAGGUUUUGAUACAGAUACCCCUGAAAACAAGCAGGAAAUCAGAACAAGUUUUUGGGAGCUGUUACACAGCUAUCUGUAUCAGGGAUUUAGACGGCCUGUAACACAGGAAGAUUAGAGGAGGAAGGAAGAUGGGUAUUUUCGUCAAAUUAUUUGAAGGUAAUACCCAUCUCAUGUGUGUUAUUUAAUGCCACACACAUCCUACACCUGUUUAGAGAAAUUUCAGUGUAUCUGGGCUUUGUUUGAGAUGCAAGCUAGCAUGCAAUUGUCGCAUAAUAUUUUUGAAUCACUUAUUCAUACCCCAAGUACUAAUAUGUGCUUACAUCGAAGUCUUGCAGUUAUGGCUCAAGUGAUAAAUGUGAAAUGAAUUUUGUUGGCAAAACAACAUGUCUGUACAAGCGAGGGAUAAACUUUUGUAGGCGAAUAUUUCUUGUGCGGGUCAUACAAUGACCCAGAUGUGCCCUUCAGCACUUUCUAACCCCUAUACAGGGGAAAAACUAUAAAUAUCAUAGUUCAAGUUUUACAUGUAUUUGGUUUGAUCUUUUGCGUUUAUACAAAAUGUACACAUAUAAAUCUACGAGUACAUGUAAUAUAUGUUACGCUGUAACAGUGAUAGAAAAAAAAAAGAUGCAAAUCGAAUCUCAGUUAAAUUUGAGACAUGUUGACUGCUUUAUGCUUUUGUAUGCUACAUUAAUACUUUUUACGAAAUUAACGCUCCAUGGAAUUAAGGUAUUAGAAGAAUUUAGUGGAAAACGACUUUUAGAUAAAGGAAAUUAACUCGAAUGAGAGGGUAACAUUUCAAAAUGAAGGAAAUUAACAUAAUGCUCACAAAGAAACAACACUUAUCAAGACAACAGAAAUAAAGUUUAACCAAUAAUCUGAAAUCAAAACUUUGUUCAUAAUACUUUCUGGGAUCAAGCAAAGAAAUCUGGCCAUUUAGUUUCACAUGUCUGGUACUGGUGGAUCUCUCCCCUGACAAAAUACUCCACUUCCUAGGUGUCAAGAAUGUCAUACACUGUAAGUGUGUCCAAAAUAAUGGAAAUUAUUAAGGUCGCAUAAAUUAGUGCUCCACUUAAUUAACGGAAGAGAAAUUAACAUUUUCAAGUCAAAUCAAAGCGGCAUAAAUUAACUGGAAUUUUGUAAAUUUACGUUAAUUUCUUGAAGUGUUAAUUUCCUGUAAUAAGGUAAUUGAAUAUUACGUCUUUUACAGCCUCAUCCUCUUCAGAAGAUGAUGAUGAUUCAGAAUAUCAUGUAUCAAGCAGUGCACCAAACACAAGUGCUCUGGAGACACUAGUACGCACUGCUUGUGAGAGUCUUGCAGUCUCCACGCUUCUUGCUGGAAGCUCAUCAGGCACAGUUGACACACUUAAUGUACCUGGACAACAGACGCCAUCUAAGGAUCCUGCUGUAGCCAGAUCUACUAGCGGCACUGGAUCUUGUCAAGUGCCUAGUUCAAGCAGUGUGUCCAAUCUUUUCCCAGCAUCUACUAAUGCUCUUGAUCAAGCUUCCUCCGACGAUGCAGUUUUUAGCGUUAUAUUUGGGCACAGCAGGGAACAGAAUGUUGCAGAAGGUACUCCUGAAGGACAGCCAGGCAGUUUGUCAUCUUCCAAAGAUUUCCAGGAAUCAGCAUUAGAUUUAACUCAGGAAAGUCUACAAGACAUUGAAGAUGCAGAGGUUGGUGAAAACACUUCUUCAUUAUUCUUUUUUCACUUUUGUAUUUUAUUUAGUAGAAAAUGAAAUAUUUAUUUAAACACAUGUUAAUAUUAUUGACUAAUAACAAUAAUGCAUUCUGAUCAAAAUAAAAGUUAUUUAUUUAUUUGUUUUCUUAUAGUGUACAUGUAUUUGAUAAUGGUACUUAAACCUACAAUGGUUUAUAUUUUUUUGGCCACGAUUUUCCUGUGUAAAAAGAUGAGCAUUUAUCUUUCAUUAAUUUUACUCUGAUUAAUUUAUAUUUGUUUGUUUGGUUUAUUAUUUCUGCUUCAAAGGUCUCGGCAGAAGACUUAGAGAAGAGACGAGCUAGUGAGCGCGAAAGAAAAAGAAAACCUGUGAGAUUUCAGUCACCAGAAGAUGAAUUUAAGACAAAAAAGAAAAGAAAAAGAAGACUUAAUCCUCUUCUCAGAGUCCCUCGGCGUGAUCCUGCCACCCCAUUCAAGUGCGACUUAUGUGGUUCUCCAUACGUUAUUAAUCCUUCAAGGCGUGGAAACAGACCUAAGCUGUCUACCCAUCAACCUAGUCCCAGGCACAAGGUUGAUCCAACCACAGGAAAGACACUUACCCUCUGUAAUGCAUGCGGUGAGUAACAUGGAACCUCGAUGUAACAACUAUACAACGAAGUCCUUGGUAUAACGAACGAUUUUCUUUAUCCCAGUAAAAUAAAUUAUGUGGAAAAGGACCUUGAUAUAUUGAAAACGUAACCUUGCUAUUGCGAUACAUAAAUAGCAAUUAAAAAAAAAUUCCAUUAUUUACUGUCAGCAGUAUUUAUAGCACAAAUGCUAGUGGGGUCAAGCAAAUGCACACCACUGCCAACACGUUGUUGUGUCUGUUUGCACAUACCUUAAAUCAAACAUGAUGGGAUUAAGAAUCCCGACUGGCCAGAACAAAUUUAGCUAGCAGUCGGGAUGAGACUGGAACACAGUGCCUCCGAAAUGCAAUUCCGGGGCUCUAACCACUUGGCCAUGCUUCCUUCUCCAUAUAAGUAGAAAAAAUCCAAAAAGUAUGUUGUACGUGUGCUUCUUACAUUGUAUGAACCUCUUUAGUUCAAGGCUCAGAAACAGCAAUUUUAAUGUACUAUUGAUACUGACUGAUAUUAAUAUUGAUUUACUGUUUGCUUUAGGGUUGUCUUUUGAUCGACCCAAGAAGCAAAGGAAAGAGCGUGCUGAGCCCGAUCCUGAAGAAAAGAGAAAAUAUCAAGAGGAAGCAAAUCAGUUUGCUAUGUCUUUGGUGGAGGGACUUGGAGACCAAGAUGGUAAAGCUUCAUGCAAAUGGACGCAACAGUGUUGGCCAACAACUCCUAACAUUGUUGGAUGUUAAGGAGUAGGGUUUUUUGCAGGUUGACCUUGCAAAAACAUUGUGCCGCCAACCCUACUACAUGUACUUGUUACAUGUUGCAUCUGUUUGCACACCCUGUUGGGAGUUGUUUCAUUCUUUCGCACACCUCUACCAACACGUUGUUGUGUCUGUUUGCACAUACCUUAAUAUAAACACCUGCAUCAGCAUGCAAAGAAAGUAGUGUUGAUAGCCUGAAGAUGGUGGAUUUUGCCAUCAGGCUAGUGAAUUCUUUCCUUAACUUGCCCGACAGUGAAAUUUUUGGGGGAAAUUCAAAUUACAGAAGAACUGUAAUCAAUCCUCCUCGUCAAAAAGGUUUUUGGGCUACACUGUACAUUGUACUGAAAGGAAAUAAAUUAUUUUGGGCUACUGCGUGCUACAGUGUAACUACAGUUUGCCCAAUGGCAAGCUGUAAAACUGACCCUGGUGUGUUCAAACAUUUUAAAAGUGUAAAUUUGGUUCCAUUACAAAAGUAACCAAUUAAUGCAUGGACACUGCGUGCUUUAUGCUCUUUUGACCUGGGCAGGGAAUCACAGUGUAGUCUAUUUGUUGAAUUUGUUUGUUGAGAGUAAGUCAACCUACCAACUGUUUCAAUUCUUGAUUUGAAAAUCAAGACUCUUUUCAAGUAUAAGUACAGAGUCAUGUAACGUCUGGAGGACCAAAGCAUGCAUGAGGGACUGUCAAUUUUAGAUGCGAGCAGUACUGUAUUCCAAUAUAGUUGUAGUUGAACUUUAUGUAAAAAUGAUGGGAUCUUCCAUGUACAUGGUAUAAUAUGGUACCACCCUUCUUUCUCUGUUUUUCAGCCGAAAGGCUCUGCUGUCCUCAUUUUAAAUUUAGAGCAUGUGGCUGUUUGCAGAGCUAUGUUAUUGGGGAUGGUAAGUACUCACAUGUAGUGUACAUGCAGUGAGUGAUUUUGUCUUCUAUUAAGUAAAUGUUUCUAUAAUGUAAAUUAGCAGGAUUUCUUUUGCUUCUGUACCCUUUGCAGUUAUAUAGCUGCUAGCAGCCUUCCUUGGUAAUAGCGUAAAGGUGUACUUUUAUCAAUACUGUCAUCAUUUCAGUAGUUUGCAAAUGCAGAUGAAUUUCCAGUCGUUGCUUCUCACCACCCAAAAAGUAAGUUUUUAGGUGAAGAGUUCUAAGCGACAACCAGAAAAAAAAAUUGCGUUUGCAGGCUAUUAUUUCAGUUGGAACUUUUUUUAAGUUUAGAAAUUUUUUAAAUUUUGUUUGACCCUGCACUAUUGUAUUUUGAAAACAGUGCUUUAAGACUGGCUAGUUUUCUAUUGUUUUGUUUUGUUUUUUGAUUCAAUGAACGUGCAGUAUUAGACUAAUCUUUGGUGGUACAGGUUCAAAAAUGUUUUGGACCCUUUACUCCCCUUAAGAGUAACUUUCUUGAAUCAGGUUUCUUAAAAAUAAUGCAAGGGUGUAUUGAAUAGUCAAUCACUUUUGAGUCCCAGUAAUUAAGUGAUUUUUGUUGCCAAAGUAUAUGCCUUCAUGGAGGGCAAAUAACUAUUAAAUUUGAGGAAUUAAAAUAAAGAGUUUUAAUUUUUGUUGUUGUACAUGUAUCAUCUAAUGCUCAGUAUGUCCUUUUAUGAGAGCACAAAGCAAAACUCUUUUAAGUCUCUCAGUUUAAAUAUAUAUUUGGAUUUUGUUGUCUGUGUAAAUUUAGGCAGUAACAUGCAAGAGUCACGGGAUCGAGCCAAUGAUAUGUUGCAGCUGCUCAAGAAAGCGAAAGAACUCAGCUCUAAAAAGUGCUACAACAUUGAGGAAGUAAGAAACCAAGCCAAAACAUCAAAGAGGUAAGUAAGGCUGUAUUAGAAAACAAUACGAAAAACUCACUGCUCCGAGUCAUUAGCUGAUUAAAGAUAAUAUUAAAAAAUAGCGUUUGUGGCCAAAAAUUUAUUGUAAAAGUUUAUUUGUAUGGAGAUAUUUACGAAAUGUAUUAUCAAACAAAAAUACUAUAAAAGUUGCAAUAAAAAUUACCUUAUCUUACUUCCGUGGUGUAUUACUUGUUGUCCGUCCUCUUAUUAUCCCGAUUCAAGACGAUUUCGGCAAGUUUUAGAGUGGAAAACUAUUUACUAAGGGAUCUACAAGUCGCCAAAAUUGCCUUGAAUUGGAAAAGUAUGGCACAGACAGCAAUUAAUACACCAUGGAACUAAGAAAAGGUAUUUUUUGUGGAGAAUUUUGUUCUCUUUUUGUUUUCUAAAGCAUAUCGUAAAUAUCCCCGCACUUUUUAUCUCUAAUGACUCACAGCUUAAGCUUGGGCAGCCUGUGAUUUUUCAAGUACUCAGGUACACCCUAAUUACACACACUUAGGAAAUGUAUUAGGCUGGCCACUGUGAAUGUUACACAGUGUUACAUUGUUGUCUUUGUCCGAAAUGCCUUAACCAGUGCUCUUUCUGCUUUUUAGGUCUAAGAACAUUGGACUUGGCAAUGGCCAAAGAAAGUCCAGUGAAUUUGAAGAAUUUGUACUGGAAAAGAGGAAGUAUCUAAGGAAUGACGUAAAGCUUUGUGAACGGGCCACUCAGCGAGUGCUCCUUUAUUCCAACAAUUUCUUGCACAAGAGACUCAAGACAGACCCUACGGUAAGCUAAAAGUACGAUGCCUACUUCUUGACACUGUCGUCGGGUAGAGAAAAGUGAUGCUGGGUUUUUGAUAAUGUCUGCUGAGUUAUGCCCAAACUGUGAUUCUUUCGUCACAAAAUCGAUCUAUCGUACAUAAAUUUUGACAUGGCUACGUUAGUCCUAGUUGUAUCUAAGCCCCUCCCAAAUAUAAGCCCCCUAAAAACGCUCCGUUAAUUCGCCCCUCUAAAUAUAAGCCACCCGGGGCUUGUACUUGGAAAUUGCCCUCAAAUACAAAAUAAAACAAAGCAAAAACGGUAAAUUUUCUUCCAACUAUAAGGCUAGCCCAGUCAAUUUUGAAACGCAAAUUUCCCUCCGUUGAUAAGCCCCUCCGAAUAUAAGCUCCUCCAAAAAUAAGCCCCUCAAAAAGUCCUUUGAAAAAUAUAAGCCCCGGGGCUUAUUUUCGGAAUUUUACGGUAUGCUGCAACUUAAAAUAAUAGGGCUGACCAAUUCACGUGUAUGGGAAACCGUUGUGAAUUAAAACGAUAGAAGUAAUAUAUCAAGCACGAGACGCAGUGUCUCAUCACAAGAUGAAACACUCAGAAGAGAGAUGAAAAUACGACGCACAGCGGAGAAUUUUGACGAACUUCGAGAUGUUUCAUCUGCUGAUGAAACACUGUGUCGAAUGCUUGAUAAUACUUCUCAAACGAAAUGAUUUUAGAAGGAGAAAUUAAAUGAGAAGUUUUUCGUCUGACUUCCAAACACUCAUAAAACAUUAAUUUCCUUUGUAUUUUCUUCAUGAAUUAUUGAUGACUCUGAAAAGUAAAUCCUUUAAUGUGUAGUAUUUUACAGGUAAAAUAGACCAAAUUUGACGUUCAACUUUGCCCUUAUUUAUAUCACUGAACGAUUGGCCAUGGUUGGUGUUCUUAUUGCUGUGCUAUUUUUAGUAUUAUUCCCAGACUAAAAUAAGAAGUCGUUAGUUACAUGUAAUACCUUCUGACUCUGUAUAUACAAAUCGCUUAAUACAAGCAUAUGCAGCGUACUUAUCAGGUAAUUUUCUUUCCCAGAAACCACUUCGCGUUGAAAGACAAAAAGGAAAAGCUGCUCUUGGAAAAUUAAGGGUGAUCGAAGAUCUCCCUAAAGAGCGAUGCUGUGUGGAUAAUUGCGUCAUGGUGAGUUGUCAGAUAAAAAAAAAAAGAAGAAAGAUCCCACGAAAGCAGAGUCAUCAUGCAGGAUUACACAGAUUAUUUUGCGAUGCGUUUGAGCAUGAAUGUCGAACAGCUGUUAAGUGGCCACUUCGGCGAAGACACAACACAAGUGGCAGCUUAAGAUACUUGUUUGUUGAUAGUGAUUGACUGACGAUUUUAUGCACCGUGACUCUGCUAACCGGUCGAGGAACUGAGGUUGGCCGGUUAACUGAAAGCCGCUUAGUAGAGGUUUGACUGUAUCAUAUAAAGGCAUAAAGGAGAGUUGCAAAUAACAUUUGGUCAUCGGACAAUGUCUCACCAAAACUAACCUUCGAACAAAUCCUACCCGCGUUCAGACAAAUUAGUUAGCAAGGAAUGUCUGAAAACGAACUCGCGCUGAAAUGCUUUCUACGCAGGCUAAUAAAAAACAGGUGCAGCGACGUGAACGACGGCAUUGCCAAUGUCGUGGCGGUCGUUACGUCCAUGAGUGAACGAGAUUAAAAAUGAAACUGAAGUCUCUACAGACGGGCGGGGGCGGGGGGGUGUAGUACACACUGAUUUUUCUUUAGUGUUUCAUGAAGCGAUUCUAGGGAUGUAUAGAAUGUAGACUGAGGAAACCAUGCUUUACAUAUUCAUCUAUGCUGCUAUAAAAGCUCAUAAACAGUAUAGUUUAUGUAUUACAUUAAAAUGCGACAACAGCUAUGUCGUUUUUCAUUUCUUGCCCUUGGUUUAAAUUUCAUAUCAUUUUGCUUCAAACUCGUGAUCACACUUUACGACUCGUAAAGCUAAAAAUAACUAAAAUUUGCACCAAGGAUAAAAUUGAGCGACAGUAGCCGUAAUAAUCAUUCUAUUUAGGAAGUCGGGACUACUGAGAGAGUACCAAACUAAGCCUUAUUCUUACCAAAUUAUUUUUAACUUUACAGAUUGCUCUAACACAUGCAAACCUUCUAAAGCAGUGGCGUGACAGAGCCAUCUCUGGGCAGACAGAGGCGCGGAGAGUUCUUGCCGAAAUGCUUACCCCUUCCGGUGGGGCUCGAUCCAAUUGUUACAAGUUCAUCUCUUGGGUAACAGGUUGCAGUCAUAGUACCAUCGGCAGAGUCAACGAACAGAUGAAGGAAACAGGUAAGUGUUUUUUUUUUCUAUUACCACAAGGGUAUACCUGAACAUUGUUUUAGGUAACAUCUAUUUGAAAGUCUUCAGAUUGGGGUUAAAGUUUUCCUCGGUAAUGUUACUUACGUAAAAGGAGGGUGUCGUAAACGCCCUCGAAACUUCAGUGCAGUGGAACCUCGAUAUAACGAUCCGCUUUAUAACGAAAUCCUCGGUAUAACGAACGAUUUUCUUGACCCCAGUAACAGUAAAUAUAUGAAAAAGAACCUCGUUAUAGCGAACAAAUUUUGCCAGUCCCUUGGCCCUUCGUUAUAUCGACGUUCCACUGUAGGGACUUAAAAAGUUGCAGGUUUAUUGAUGUCACGUCCACAUUAAUUUUGGAAACACAUAAGUGUGGGGGUGGCCAUAAAUUCGACACUGUAUGACCACAGAAUCAUUCUUUCUGCGCAAAUGCCUUGUAAACAGUGACCCUCCCCAACAGAAUGCAUGACCGGCCGAUUGAACGAAUACAAAAAAAAGGCUACACCUACUGAUCCACAAUGCAUCCAAGAAAAUUUCGUAAUCACCUGACCGUAAGUCCGUCCGUUUUGCAAAUAAACAAGUCAAUUUUAAACUGUAUUCAAUGUACCGGCCUUUCUCUUUUACUUGUGAUUUUAGGUGGAGAUCGUGAACCUCCAUCCCAUGGCCUCAUAAAAUGGUGGCAGCUGAAUCCAAAACCCAAGAAACCAAAACUGAAACCAGUAUCCCAGCAACCCGUGCAAGCUGAAACUGUGCAACAAGUAGCCUUGCAACAGAUCCAACAGGCCUUGCCUCAGGUCAAUAUUCUACAAGCCGCAGUUAGUUCAGCGGGCCUAUCAGCUGUUAUGAUGCAGCCCGCAGUAUCAUCAGCGAUGCCAGCUCUGACCACUGUAAACACAUCGCAACUUGCGCAGACUCAGUUGCUGCCAACUGUCACCUUCACUAAUGGCACUAUUCAGGUGCAGUCUGCACCUAUUCAGGUCAGUUUUUUGAGUGUUUAACCCUUUUAAGCCCCAAUAUCCGCUUACUAAUUCUCAAGAUUGAUCUCCCUACAUUACUUUGCUUAAUUAGUUAGGAGAAUUUGAUCAAAGAUCAACGUAUUCUCCCUUUGGUCAUCAUUUUAUUAGAUCUUAUCACCUUUUGAUAUCGUUUAGAGAAAAUUGAUGUUGAUCACUGGUUUCUUUAAGUAGCUCAGCUUGACAUGCCUAUUUGUUAAACGCAUUCAGUAAAAAGGGCUGAAUUUACGCCCAGCUUUAAAGAAGUGCUUCCAUCAAAUUACAGCCUACUCUCCUUACUACCUGAACCCAUCCUACCAGAAUGAGUGAGUCAUUUCAGUACUACACGAAUAUACGCACUUAGUAAACUUAGUGAUAACAGUAAUAGCGAAGUAAGUGACUGCCUUCGAAUUGCCUCCCUCGCGCGUUUCGGAAACACACAUAGAGCCGCGUGUGCUUAAAAGAGCAUUUUCCAUAUUUCAAAGGCGCCGACCUCAAACUAAGUUGCCUUGAUUCCUCCCCUCCCCUCCUCCCAAAUGAGUAAUGCAUUUGUAAACGCCUCCCCCGAAUAAGAAGGGUACCGAUCCAGGGGAACGCAGCCUCCUUUUGGAUUACACCGCCCUUGCGCGCCUAGUCUCCUUAGCAGCCGCUCGGCCCGGAGUCACGCACUGCUCCUCGCCCCCACUACAGGGCUCGAACCACGUCCUGUUGAUCAAAACUGUAAAACAUGUUUUGUUUCAAUCUUUGGUUAAAAUUAAUUUUUACAGCUCCAAACAACCCAAGUGCCUCAAGUUCAAGUGCAAGUCCAGCAACAGCUACAACAGCAGCAACUCCAGUACCAACAACAGAUUCAACAACUCCAGUAUCAACAGCUUCAGCUGCAACAACAGCAACAGCAGAUUCAACAACAACUGCAACAAACACAGCAGCUACAGCAACAGGCAUCACAGCAACUACAGGCUCAUGUAAGUUAUCGCGGCUACUGUUGCGUGACGGUUUGGGUUGUCACGCAACAUUUUGUGGCCGGAAAUGGUUGGAGGAAAAACCAUCAUAAUAGAAACCUUAAGAUUCGAGGACGAGGACGACUAUCCUCCCACGCAGACGUUCUUAGGGUUCGUCACGCGUUCAUGCCCCACAAGCGUCUGCUGAAACGAGCGGUAAAUUCCUUUCCCAUUGUUCGCAAAUAUCAGCUGGAGCUCACGUGCUGACUAUUGGAGAACCAAUCGACGCUGUUGAAGUCAGCCAAACACGACGUGCAAGCUCGAUAGAGUGUGAUACAUGACCAAAGAGUCUUACUCCGGGCAAGAAUGUAGGCGAUAAGGGUUGGCUUUUUGUGUAUUUCUCUCUGUGCGAAAGCGUACGAGUUAACUGAGUACUUUGUUCUAAAAGUGUAAGUUCUUCACCUUUCAUGAGACCUUGCUGAUCUUUUCUAAAGUCUCGCGCGAACUUUCUCCCGGUCCAAAGUGCACUUCCCAGAUCUGGGUGUGCUGUGCUUGGUCUACGUUCUUUUUCCUUUUUUUUUCGGCAGACGUUUGUGGGUCAGGAACGCGUGAUAAAACUUCUAAAACCAAAUUGUACAAAUUUGAACCUUGUUUGUUGUUGAUUUUCUUCAUCAGGGGACAAAGUAUUUUGUCCUGUCCAUUCACACUUAAAUUCCACAGGUUGAAUUCGGUUUUGACACUUUUUCAUGUCGUAGGGUUCACUUUUCGACUCAAUCCUACGGUGGCCCACAAGGGUCACACAUGCAAAUUAAAAAUGUUGCUGCAAACUAAAAAUUUUACCUGCAAAUUAAAAAUGUUGCUGCAAAUUUAAAAUAGGACAGGCAAAUUAAAAAUUGUACAUGCAAACUAAAAAUAUUACAAACAUGAAACAUGAAUGGGCCGACGGUUCUAAGGCCAGGUCGCACGGCUCGGACCAGGUCCUCAUCACUCAUACUGUGCGCGCAGGACUUUUCAUUUUUAAUUUGCGUGUGUGACCCUUCUGGGCCACCGUACAAUCCAAUCCGAUCGAUUUUAGGCAUUGGUACCAGACACCUUUUGUUUAGAACAUGGCCAACUCGUGCAAUUAGUAAAAGUGCUCAAAAUCCUCCGUAUCAUGAGACAUUUUAAUGGAAUAACCUCUACUUGUUUUCAGGUUGUCCAUCAGAUCCAACCCGUCCAACAGAUACAGCAAGCAACAACUCAACCGCAACAGCAACCCCAACAAGGAGCGCCACCACAGGCACACCAACAGCAACAAACACCUCAACAAGCAACACAAGCUCAGCCGCAAACAGCACAGCAACCGGAAUCGCAAGAAACACAAACCAAUGCCACCAUUGCUUUAGCGACGACAAAUGCGCUAACCACUGCUACCCUGCAAGGAAGUUUGACAGCCACCCAGGCAACCCCGCUGAACACUGAAGGCCUGUUUACCGCGGACGCAUUUCAGAUCCUCAGUGCUGUGCAACCUCAAGUUGUGACGCUUCCAGUCUCGCCCCAGUCUACAGUGGCCCAGGCUGUACCCGUAUCUCUGAUCCAGACUCCUAACGGACAACAGGGUCUGCAAUAUACUGGGAAUUAA